ACCCUGGGACCGUGUAAAGUGCGCCGCCAUUUAGAAAUUAAACAUGGACAAUAUUUAUCCAAGCCUCGAGCAUCUUUUAAAAACACGCUGAGAGAGCAUCGGAGCCAGCUACGCGGCAACACCCCCCCUCUCAUUGGAGCUCAACCACUGCAGCAAUGCCUACCUCUGGUGUGUGUAUGAACAUCAUCAAUGCACGGCAUCAGAAAAGUGGCUAUGGGACCAUCACCAACCCCAUUAGCUUCCUCAACCAAGACUACGAGCAGAUGAAACAGUACUGCCUCAGCCGACGAGUAAAGUACAUUGAUGAGAUGUUCCCCCCUGACAGUAACACCAUCGGCCAAGGGUUACUGGAACCUACUGACCUGGACCGUGUGGUGUGGCUGAGACCAGGGAAAAUAGUUUCCAAUCCAUCUUUGGUUGUUGAUGGGGUCUCCAGAUUUGACUUUGGUCAAGGCCUGCUUGGAAACUGCUGGUUCCUUGCAUCUAUCGGAGCUCUGACAUUCCAGAAUUCAAUACUAAAGCAAGUUGUUCCUCUUGAACAAAGUUUUAAUGAGGACUACUGCGGGCUGUUCCACUUCAGGUUUUGGAGGUUUGGGAAAUGGGUGGAUAUUAUCAUUGAUGACAAGCUACCAACAAUUGAUGGCAGAUUAAUCUUCGUCCAAUCCAAAACCCCGACUGAGUUCUGGCCUGCUUUGCUGGAGAAAGCCUAUGCCAAGGUGUGUGGUUCAUACGCAGAUAUGAAUACUGGAACUCCUGCUGAGGCUAUGGUGGACUUCACUGGUGGUGUCCACAUGUGCGUUAACCUCACAGAACCUCCUCCGGACCUGUGGGAGCUGAUGACAAGAGCUGGACAAAAUAUUUCCCUGAUGGGCUGUGGGACUCCUCUGGGGAAGACAUCUGCCAACAAUGUGCUGCCAAAUGGAUUGGUCCAAGGCCAUGCCUAUACUGUCACAGGUGUGAAACAGUUUAUGAGCCAAGGGAGACUCGUGAACCUGGUGCGUUUGUGGAACCCCUGGGGCAAAACAGAGUGGAAAGGAGAGUGGAGCGAUCAUUCGCCUUUGUGGCAAACUGUGAGUCCUCAGGAUCGUGAAAUGUGCCUUUCAGUGAGAGAUGAUGGAGAGUUUUGGAUGACACUGGAAGACUUCUGUAAGCUCUACGAGGAUCUUGACAUCUGCUGCCUGUGUCCAGACUUCCUUGAUGGAAGCUCCUCGUCCCAUUGGAAGUCGUCCUUCUACGAGGGCAGAUGGGUUGCAGGAACCACGGCUGGAGGAUCCACGAAGAACUAUGAAAAAUUCUCCACUAAUCCACAGUAUCGGAUCAAGGUCGGCAAAUUAUUCAGUGAAUGUUCAGAGAACCAGGGGGAAAGAAACUUUCUGAUGUCUCUCAUGCAAAUGCCCGACAAAAGGAACAGACGCUUGGUCCAAAAUCUCCACAUUGGACUCCACGUAUUUGAGGUGACCAAAGAAUACAAGGCACACAAAGGGAGGUUCCCAGCCUCUUUCUUCGGCAGAAACAAAGCUGUGGCCCAAACUAAAAACUACUUGGACGCACGUGAGGUGAUGGAGUUCGUCAUGUUGAAGCCUGGUGAAUACCUGAUUGUGCCGUCCACCUACCAUCCCAAUGAGACGGCCUCCUUCAUCCUGACCAUCCUGUCCACGGCCGAGACUCAAGUGCAAAGUCUUCAAGCAGCUGUCUGAUGGAACGGCCAUGACUCUUGGUGAAUCAGAGUGGAUGUACCUUUCCAUGUACACUUAAACUGACAGAGAAGAUGAGCUGCAGGACUCAUUUGGAACAACUGCAGCAGACGAUGUGCAAAUAGAAUAAAUGAA